UUUACUUUUUUUGUGAAGGAUAAAUACAAUUAUAUUGGACUCUCACAAACAAACCUCAGAGUUCACUACAAAGGACAUGGGAAAACACACAAGGACGCGAGCAGUGUACGAGCCACCUGCCCCAUCCCGGCCUCCUGUGGCCUCUACUACUUCGAGGUUAAGAUUGUAAGCAAGGGAAGGGACGGAUAUAUGGGGGUAGGCCUCUGCGCACACGAUGUAAACAUGAACAGACUGCCUGGAUGGGAUAAACAAUCCUACGGAUACCAUGGAGAUGACGGGCAUAGUUUCUGUAGCUCUGGACAAGGGCAGGCAUACGGUCCUACAUUUACUACUGGGGAUGUUAUUGGAUGUGGUAUAAAUCUGAUGGAUGGCUCCUGCUUCUAUACAAAGAAUGGACACCAUCUAGGUGUUGCCUUUAGAGAUUUGCCUCCGAACCUAUUUCCUACAGUUGGUCUACAGACCCCGGGAGAAGUUAUUGAUGCAAACUUUGGACAGGAACCUUUCAUCUUCGAUAUAGAAGGAGAACUCAGAGAACUCAGACGGAAAACUAGAAACCUCAUCUCGGAGCUCAGCUGGCCAAAGAAACACGGAGAUCAACAAUCUGUUCUACAGAAGAUGGUUUCAUCCUACCUCGUUCAUCAUGGAUAUUCACAGACUGCUGAGCUGUUUGCCCGGUCAACCGGUCAGGAGAUCUCUGAGGAGCUGGCGAGUAUGCGAAACCGUCAGCAUAUUCAGAAACUCGUCCUGGACGGACGGAUCGGAGAAGCUAUCUCAACUACUCAGCAGCUCUACCCCGGACUGCUUCGGAACAACCAGGAUCUCCUUUUCAGAUUAAAGAUUCGACAAUUUAUUGAAAUCAUCUCUGGAGCUGAUAGCCUGGAAUAUGAUACUGUGAGCCAAGGGGAGAGCGGAGCUGGGAUGGAUGUGAAAACUGAACCCUGUGAUAACUCCUCACAGAUAAACGGCAAUAAUAUUAGUGUCAGUAAUGGAAACUGUGAGAAUGGUGAAGGUAUGGAUUCUAUGGAUGUAGAUGUUAAAAUCAAGGAAGAGGAGGAGGAGGAGGAUUCUAAACCUGGAUCUCUUCUUUCCAACCCGGGGAAACUGGAGUCUAUCAUUAAGUUUGGUAGAAGUUUGCAGGAACUAGCUCAACAGAUUGAACCGGAUAACAUGGUGCUACUACACGAAGCAUUCUCUCUUCUAGCAUAUUCUGAUCCUUGGGAUAGUCCUGUCUCCGCCCAGCUCAGUGUGUCCGGCAGAGAACCGGUUUGUCAUGCUCUCAAUUCAGCCAUUUUAGAAUCUAAGAAUCUGCCCGGUAGACCUCCUCUGGAGAUAUCUGUAGCACACUCAAGACAUCUCUUAAAGCUGAUGGCAAACAAGGAGCUCGGAGCUUGCGCUUUUGCGGAUACAGAACUUAUUCACUGAGUAGAAAUUUUAUAUUUACUGGAUUAUUUCAAUAUACCGGAUCCUCCACCUCUAUUUCAAUAAACCGGAUCCUCCACCUCUUUUUCAAUAUACCGGAUCCUCCGCCUCUAUUUCAAUAUACCGGAUCCUCCACCUCUAUUUAAAUAUACCGGAUCCUCCAACUCGUAAUCAAGGGAACCUUCUAGAGCCAGGCUCUCCCCUCCCCUCCCUUGGGACUCUUUAUGACCCAUCCCCUCUUUUAUCCUUCAUUUUGACACUUUUUAUAUAUCCUCCUGAAGCUAACCAAGCACUGCCCAUCAUUUCGACACAAAAUUCUUAAUUUUUGGCCCCUUGCCGAUAAAACAUCCAAUUUUCCAUAACAAAAAUUCUGUUUAAAUCCAGCCUUUUAUGCACAUUGCCAGUGAAAAGCUA